AUGUUCAGGCAUGAAGAGAGCCACGGAAAGUAUGCGGUGGUGUCAGAGGCUGCCUGGAGCUCUCCACCAAAAAGACAAUCGAAAGCCCCCAAAUACUAUACACCAUUCUCGACCAGAUGGCCUGCUUUGACCCUGAUCUUCCUGAUCAUACUGGCUUGUAUUGCUGUACUGGAGUAUGGCGUUCGCUCGGGCUUAACGCUGGAAGAGAAGGAUCAGCAACAGAAUCACAGCAAACUGAAGAGACAGGACACAGGGGUAUCAAGCUCGCCAACAACUGCAACAAGUACAACAGUAAUCGACGACUCGAGCUCUUCUACGUCCACACAAGCACUGACUGUUAGCACCUCGAGUGGUGCCUACAUUGACCCAGCGACGACAUCGGCUUCGGGCCCAUCCUCUACAUCAAUCACUUCCACCAUGCUCCCAGUUACGUCUUCCACAACAGCAUAUAUUAAUCCAAUCACCAGCCAGACGUCAACAACACCAUCGACCGUCUCGACAGCAUACGUCGCAACCGUCACCAGCUCAACAAAAACAUCUGGUGGAAUGACGACAACUAUGACAACCACGAGCAGCACUGGUGCGUAUAUCGCGCAAUCAACAACCGACCCCGACAUCUCUGCAACACCCGUCAUGACGAGCGGCACGACUCCCUAUAUUGUGCAAUCCCAGAGUACAAGCACUACCCCGAUGAUGGCUACAACGACGGUGGGGAGCGGCACUACUCCAUACAUCGUCCCAUCAACAACCUCGCCUGGGACUUCUGCCACCCCAUUGAAGGUGAGCAGCAGCACCACUGCAUAUAUAGCGCAGUCUACGGCUGCUCCUAGUGCCUCAGGGAAAGGGACAACCAGCACCACCACCACCUGGUACGAGACGACCACAGGAUAUGUAAAACAAUCAACGACGACAAAAUCCACUAACCCCUAUACUGUGCCCUCUAACAGCGCGACUUCACGUACGCACACUACGACAGCUAUCGCAGUGACUGGUUCGAGAAUCGUAAGCACUACAGACGUUGACUCUCUAUCUCAAAGCAGCUCUUUCGGAACAUUCGGGUUGUCUUCUGGACAAAUCUACACAGCAUCCACUCCAUCAUCAUCGGCUCAAACAAGCUACCAACAACUCACUGCAUUGAUUACCUACACCACAGAGGAUGCGUCAGGCAAUACAGUAACGGCCGUGGCAACAGAGACAUACGGCGUCGCUGUAAUGACUGAAACAGUCCUCGACGCCUCUGGGAGUCUGUCAACCAUCACCGCAACGUUGACCUCCUACAGUGGCACCAUAGCCCCAACAGUCCUCGCUGAAAGUACCUCUGUCCCGACCACACCUCCAGAUCAUCAGAGAGCAAAUGAGGUCGAGCUUGGUCUGGCCGUGAGCAACCUUCAAUACUUUCGCGCCAUAUACCUGCCUGUCCUGGUAGCAGUCGUUCUCAAACUCAUUUGGGCCAUUGUAUUCACUUCUACGAAGAUGAUGGAGCCGUUUCAUCUCCUAUCCCGGGAGAAGGGUGCCUCUGCCGCAGAAUCCCUUUUGGCCGACUAUCUGGCCACUAGUCUGUCGAUUGAUGAUAUCUGGAACAUGUUUCUUUGUCAUCCUGUUGUCACCCUGGUCGGUGUCGUCUACCUUUGCCUAAGCGCUCUUCCGGCCAUUGCAACUCAAUCUACGACUGUGAGAGCGAUCGCAUGGUGCAGGAGCCCUACGCUCAUUAUGGAACGGUGCAACCCCAUGUGGUACCUCAAGGUCGACUAUACGAGAGCUCUACAAGCGAUUCUUUCUCUUAUUGCGGUCAUCAUUCUUCUAGUCAUCGCACUGUCUAGUCGCCGUCGCAGUGGGGUAUUCUCCAAUCCGUCCUCAAUUGCGACGAUGGCUUCGCUCCUCAACAGCGAAGACUUCAUGGAGGACUUGCGGAAAAUUGACCAAAGAUCGAGUCGUUCGUCCGCGAAACAAAUCCUCAGACCGUACAGAUACAUGCUCCGCCAACAUCAGACAACGACGGGUUAUAUCAGGUAUGGGAUUGUAAAGGCGCCUGAACAAUCGCCAGAGCACUCAGUCAGAUACACCAAACAGCCGAAAUAUUCUGCUCUGGCACCACGUCCGGGUGAGAGCCAAAUGCACACCUCCAAAAGUACGCUGUCAAACAGAUUUCUUAUCGACACGAUCUUCCUGCUUUGCAUUCUAGCACUUCUCGGCGUGCUUGUAGGGUACUAUAUGGAUGGGCACGAUGAUCCCUUCAACAACUAUUUCAACCACAAUCCGACGAGUCAACUUGUCCUUACAGCCGCCGCCAGUCUGCUUGAUAUCCGCUGGAAACAGUUGGAGCGAGAAGUCCGACUUCUAACGCCAUAUCGACGACUGUUCCAGGGGUCUUCAAAGCCAGAGGCCACGAUCCUGGUGUCCCAGAACUCGACGCCUCUAACAAGUAUCUUCCAGGCGCUCUGGAGGGGCAACUUCUUCCACGCUUUUGUGGCAUUUGUAGCCAUACUGUCGGAUGUCUUGAUCAUUGCCAUCGGUGGCGUGCCGUUCAACUCUGCCCAGAUCUGGCUCGAUUACCUCGUCAGUAUAUACACCAGCUGGGCGAUACUGGCCCUGAUGGUCCUUACUGUCUUCGCAAUCUUCCGCUGGCGGGCAUUGAACGAGAAAAUGAUGAUGCCAUGUGAACCCACAAGGCCGCUUGCCGUAUGGCUGAUGCUGUGCAAUCGGGACAAUCACCUCCGCGAGGAGAUGCAAGGGUAUGAAACCAUGGCGCCGAGGGAGAGAGACGACAAGGUCAAAAUGAGAGGCGGGCUGUAUUGGGCCGGGUGGCUCACGCAGCCGGACGGGUCCAGGCGCUGGUGUUUGGAAAAAGAAAAUGGGCAGGCGUCGGGGAUGAACAUGCUGUAUGACCAUCACCAGUGA